AUGGCUUCAAAGAGGAUUCAAAAAGAGUUGAAGGACUUGCAAAAGGAUCCACCUGCUUCUUGCAGUGUUGUUGAGGAAGACAUGUUCCAUUGGCAAGCAACCAUAAAGUGCCCAUGGAAAGCCCUUUUCCCGAUGGAGUAUUUCUUGUGUCCAUUAAUUUUCCACCGAAAUACCCUUUCAAGACACCAAAGGUUUCCUUCAGAACCAAGGUUUUCCACAUGCACCAAUGUUGGCUGCUAUUCAAGGAUAAGUGUCAUCGAUGGCAUUCAUGGUGAAGAUCCCAACAUGAUCUACUCGGUCAAGUCUGAUUAA